AUGCAGUUUGCAAAGGGCCACGAUAUGUCCUUCGACUACAACAUGGACGGGCUCGGCGUCAUCUACAUCACCGUUCCCACCGUCUGGACCGUUGCCUUGGUCGCUGGCUCAAUCUUCUUGUUCCGCAACCGCGACCUACCAGCUCUACGCAUCCGCAACAUCCCUCUCUGUGUCGGUGGUGUGGCUACUCUUCAUGUCUACUUGUUCCUCUGCAUGAUCGCUUACGUUCUCAACGGCAACUUCCCUUGUGCGACUGAGUUCUGGAUUAUGAGUAUCUACCUCCCUCUGGGCAUUGCACUCUACCAUGCUUCCAACACUCAGCUGCUCCAUGUGGCCAUGCUGCAGAAGAAGUUUGCUCCGAAAGAAGGGACAGGCAACAGCGGUGGCUCUGACGCAAAGAAGCCAGCCUGGCGGAUUCUGGUGCAAAAGCUGAGAGACUCUGGCCCUACCAAGCGGACUUUGCAUCUCAUUGGCAUCGGCAUGAUCGCCCAGCAGUUCUUCUUUGUCCUCAUCGUCUUCCUCAUCUCGAAGAAAUUUCACGACAACUUCGGACUUGUCGAGUGGGUCAACAAGCCUACUGACUAUCGCGAACAAGCCAGCCAGUGCCGUAAGGGGUGGGAAUGGUGGCCAUCUAUUGCCUGGCAGUUCGCCUGGUCGUGGAUCUACGCUCCUUACCUGCUCUAUAAGGUCCGAAGCAUCAAAGAUACACACGGAUGGCGCCUUCAGACCGCAUGUACUUGCAUCGCCGGUCUUCCUGCUUCGCCCAUGUGGCUUGCCGCACUGUACCUUCCUGCAAUGGCCCCGUCAACGAAAACUUUUGUUCCGCCUCUAUGGUUCGCACCCUCAAUCAUCCUGAUGCAAGGUUUCGUUAUAUUUGUCCCGUGCUAUCAAGUCUUCAAGAACCGUCGACUGGAGAAUGAGACUCGCCAGAUCAUUGCAGAGUGGGAACACAAAAAGAAAUACGGGAGCACCUACAGCAGUGACUCAACAAAAGCUGGUUCGAAAUGGUCCUCCUCAGAUUCGGCGAGGAGCUUUAAGAGCACACGCAAUCCGGAACUCUACACCCUCAGCUCGCUCGAGAAGUGCUUACAGCUCAACCCCAAGCCACUCCUGCUCUUUGCGGCCCUCAAGGACUUCUCUGGUGAGAAUAUCAGCUUCUUGACUCAUGUUCACGAGUGGAAGACUGGCUGGGCGGUUCAGUCUCCUGUCAAGGCGAACUUCCUUCGGAAGACUGAGAUCCGACCUACCAGCGACCGACUUCGUCGUCAGCAAUACAAUCUCGCCGUACGCAUCUAUUCUUCCUUUGUCAGCAUCCGCUACUCGGAUUUUCCCAUCAACAUCUCUUCAGCACAUCUCCGGGAACUCGAGGCGCUAUUUGCGGGCGCUGCUGCAAAGAUCAACAACCAUGCUGCCGACAAUGCUGCCACUCCAUUUGCUGACUGCACGUCCCGCUCUACCGACAUGGAGCACGGCCUACCAUCUGAGACUCUGGCUGCCAACAGUCAUGCUAUGGUCGACAUCAUGCCUUCCGCCGAGAGAAAGCACUACAGUCAGAUUCAAGCCGUUCGUAUUAGUUUCGAUGGCAACCUUCCCGAAGAUAUCGAGGUCCCUGCUGAAUUUUGCCCUGGCACAUUCGACCGAGUUGAAGCCAGCAUCAGAGAAUUAGUGCUGACCAACACUUGGCCCAAGUUCGUAAACGCUGGCUUUGCCGAGAAUGUGGAGAAGCCGACUCUGAAGGCGCGUGUUGAGGGUUGCUUUGGCGAAGUUGGCGAUAUGGUGUCCAAGGCGGUCAGCAACGUCAGUCCCAAGCGCAAGUCGCCUCGGUGCGACCAUGAUGACGGCGAGAUGGGAGGCACUCGCUCCAGUUCGGACGAGCAGAAGCUUGUCGGAUGA